CUUGUACUGUUUGAAUUUGAAGUGUUUCGAAAAGCGGGACCUGGGAUAUUUGCGUCAGCUCAAGUUGGUCAGCACGAGCACAUCAACGCCAACUUAGAACACCAGUCACAAUGCCCAAAACCACGUCGAGCUGUGGGGUUCUUCUCUGGCUCACGCUUCUUGCCGGUUGUCUACCGACGACCGCAUUGAGUGUUGAUCAGUCAAAGUUCCGAACGUGCGAGCAGACGUCCUUUUGUCGUCGUCACCGCCACCAGCACUCCGCUAGCUUGUAUCAAUAUCGCAUUGAUCCGGACUCCGUUCACUUCCAUAUUCCGAGCGAGAACAAACAUGGAUCCGAUGGCCCAAAACAUCAGUCAGAACGUGAUGCCGAUCAAACAAUGGACAAUGUUGAGAAACCUGAUGUCGAUACAGAUACAGAUAACGGUCUGUUGAAAUCUUUAACGGAGCGCAUAUUUGGAAAAUCACCUCAUGAAGACGAUGCUAAUCAAAACAAAAAAGACCCCUACGUAAGAGGCCCCCCACCAACGUUGACAGGUACUAUGGUCAACACUGCCACAGAGACUUCCUCGGGCAAGAAAGAAUACCUGAAUUUUUCUGUCCAUUGCAUUUCGGAUGGAAUGGUGCGAAUGCGAAUCACAGAAGUCUAUCGAAACAGAAACGAUGAUGACCACGGGAAAACACCCCACGAUAAGGCACGAACUACCUACGACGAAUUGGUCUUGACCACUGAAAACAUGGAGCCGGCGGAGCACGUAAAUUGGGUACGGCCUGGCGAGGAUUACUUGGUGGAGCUACUCGGUAGCCAGGACGAGGCAAACCGAUACAUGGGAUUGCGAUAUGGAGACCACCCGACAACGAAAGAAAAAAGUGGCAUGCUCUUUUUGAUGCGGCUGGAUUCAUUCGCUACUUAUCUAUACCGCGAGUCUGAUUUGCAACAAGGACCAGUCAUUGCGAUGGGUGACAAGCACAUGACGCACUUUGAAAUCCGUCGCAAUAAGAAUGUGGUCGAUGGUCCCGAUAAUGGCAAUCUCGACGAUAUGGUGGCAGAAGAAAGCAGUGGUGAUGCUGAGCAACCGGAAAAAGAAAUCGUUGGUUACUGGGAAGAUGGAUUGGCAAUUUAUGCCGACGGAACACGAGAAGAACGAAAAGAACAAAAAGAAGCAACAGAUCAUCGUCAACUAAGCGAGCUAGAACUAGAUAAGGAAGGGAUGUGGGAAGAGAAUUUUGGACCUCAUACCGAUUCUAAGCCUCAUGGACCUAUGAGUGUCGGUUCCGACAUUACUUUUCCGGGAUCCAAGUUCUUGUACGGGCUUCCUGAACACGCCUCGUCUACCGCAUUAAAGCAAACCACGGGAAAUAAGGCUGAGUACAAAAAUCCGUACCGUCUUUACAACCUCGAUGUCUUCGAAUACGACCUUGAUGUUCCCAUGUCUUUGUACGGUGCUGUUCCUCUUAUCGUCAGUCAGAGUGCGAAAACAGGAACCUCUGGAGUCUUUUGGUUCAACCCGACUGAAACUUUUGUGGACAUCAACGACGAUGAAAGUGGUAGCAAAACUUCACACUGGAUGAGUGAAAGCGGAAUAAUUGAUGUAUUUUUCAUUCCUGGCCCGACUCCUAAAGAUUUGUAUCGACAGUAUGCAAAAUUGACUGGUUUUACACCCCUUCCGCCGAUAUUCGGUCUUGGAUAUCAUCAAUGUCGCUGGAAUUACAAGGACGAACAAGACGUCUACCAAGUCCAUGAUAAAUUUGAGGAACUUGACUACCCAUACGAUGUAUUGUGGCUUGACAUUGAACACACAGACGGCAAGAGAUAUUUUACGUGGGACAAUCAUCUAUUUCCUCAUCCGAAGCCGAUGCAAGAAAAGCUAUGGUCGCAAGGGCGCCGUAUGGUAUGUUUAUUUCAUGAAAAUUCUUUGAGCUAUGAUCUGUUGUGCCUAACCUCACAUGAUUGCUUCUUCUUUUUGUCCACUGUUAAUUCGUUCAUAAUAGGUAACAAUUGUUGAUCCUCACGUAAAACGUGAUAAUGGGUACUACAUUCACAAGGAAGCAACAUCGAAGGGGCUUUACAUCAAGGAUAAAGAUGGAAAGAACGACUUCGACGGAUGGUGCUGGCCCGGUUCAUCAUCGUAUCUUGAUUUUACCAACGAAAAGGCUCGAUCUUGGUGGGCAGAUCAAUUUUCAUAUGAUCGAUAUCACGGUUCGACACCCUCUCUUUACACCUGGAACGAUAUGAAUGAGCCCAGCGUUUUCAACGGACCAGAAGGUAAUUACCGAAGUUCUGCCCACAUACACUUUUGUUUUUCUUGAAUUGGCGCCGUUAGUUUUGUGUGAUACCAUACUGUCGUUCACAUUUGUAUUUUUCUAUUUGUUGUCUCUGUUCAAAGUUACAAUGCAAAAAGACCUCCUGAACUUGAACGGGGAUGAACAUAGAGAAUGGCAUAAUAUAUACGGUAUGCUCUUCCAGCGUUCAACUAUGGAAGGCUUAAUUCGUCGAAAUAAGGAAGAGAACACUAGACCUUUCGUUCUCAGCAGAUCGUUUUUUGCUGGCAGUCAAAAAUAUGGCUCUAUUUGGACGGGCGACAACGCGGCACAAUGGUCGCACUUAGAGAUCGCAGCACCCAUGCUCCUCAGUCUUAACGUGGCCGCGCUAUCCUUCGUUGGAGCCGACGUCGGCGGUUUCUUUGGCAAUACCGAUGCUGAACUUAUGACCCGUUGGAUGCAGGCAGGAGCAUACCAGCCAUUCUUCAGAGGACACGCCCACCACGAUGCAAAGCGUAGGGAGCCGUGGUUGUUUGGAGAUGAGACUAUGAUGCGUUUGCGAAAGGCUGCAAUGGCCCGAUAUGCAUUGCUACCUUUUUGGUACACUUUGUUUCACGAGGCCAGCGUGACAGGAAUGCCAGUGAUGAGAACAAUGUGGAUGAACUAUCCACACAUUGAAUCAUUGUAUGCAAUCGACGAUCAAUAUUUGAUUGGUUCGGAUCUUUUGGUGAAACCAGUAACUGCUCCUCAUGUUACCGAGUCGAUCAUUAAAUUUCCUGGAGAUGAUAUUUGGUACGACGCAGAGAGCCUAGUUAUGGUGUCAAAGCAGGGAAUGCAAGGAGCUGUUCAGGAGAUUAAAGUUCCAAGUGACAUCAAUACUGUUCCUGUUUUCCAACGAGGAGGUUCUGUGAUCCCUCGCAAGUUGAGGCUACGACGUAGCACACACACAAUGACUCGCGAUCCGUACACUCUUUAUGUUGCCCUAGAUAAAGACGGUCGCGCAUCUGGUAGUUUGUAUAUGGACGACGAAAACACUUUCAACUACUCUACGAAGAAUGAAUUUGCUUCUGCAAAUAUCCUUGUUGAAAUUAAUGGAAGUCGUGGCCGUAUACGCAAUGCUCCUACGGUAGGUGACGGAUGGAAAGGAACCUCGGAAGAGAGUAACAAAAUGAUUGAGAGGAUAGUGGUUAUGGGAGUUGAAACACACCCGUCAAGCGUAGACGAGGUCGGAGAGAGUCUCGGAUUCACGCAUGAUAGCAAUGCCCAUGUCUUAGUUAUUCGAAAGCCCGAGCUCUCUGCCUUGGUAGACUGGGAAGUAAACAUAACAUUUUAGUAUGAAUGAGAUCCGAAUUUCAGUGUCAACGAGACCAAUUAAUCACGAAGUCAGUCGCAAACAAUUGAUAAAACUGUCGCUCUCCAUGUGAGCGCCCGUUAGCGUUUCACAUUUACUAGAUCAUCAUGGAAAUUUUUCUAAAGUACGUACUACUUAUGGUCAACAAAAAUAUUACAUCUAA